AUGUUCGCGCCAAAAAUACUUGCCAAACAGCAAGUAAAGUGCCCACGUCCUAUUGCCAAUGCACGCGGCAAAUAUUAUUCGGUGGAGCAGCUUAAUGGCAAUGCACAUGUGGUGCGUCUACUGGACUUCAUACCGGGUAAAAUGUUCCAUGAGGUCGAGGUGACCAAGAAUCUGCUCUUUCAAUGCGGCGAGUACUUGGCCAAAUUGGAUCGUGCUCUCAAGAACUUUACUCAUAAGGCCUACGACACGCACAAGACCCUGUGGAUGCUGCAGUCGGUGCCGCAGCUGCGAGAUUUCCUCUAUGCACUUCAGGAUCAUCAGCGUAAAGCGUUGUGCGAGGAGAUCAUUGAGGCAUUCGAGUCAAAGGUGUUGAGUGUGCUGUCCACACUGGAGCUGCAGAUCAUACACGGCGACUACAACGAGCAGAAUAUUCUGGUUAGUUCAUCAAAAGACGGAUCAGUGGAUUCGUAUCGCGUCACAGGCGUCAUUGACUUCGGUGACACGAAUCGUUCGCCGUUGAUCUUCGAGUUGGGCAUUGCCAUGAGCUACAUGAUGCUUCAAGCCAAGGAUUUGGCUAGCGGAGGCAUUUUCCUCGCUGGCUACACCAGCAUUCAGUCAAUUAGCGCCACAGAGCGCAGCUAUCUCAAGUAUUGUGUGGCGGCUCGUCUCGCCCAGAGUCUGGUGAUGGGCGCCUACACGCAUACGCUGCAUCCGGGCAAUGAUUACGUGUUGGUCACGCAGGCCCAAGGCUGGAUACUGUUGGAGCAGUUGUGGCGCGAAAGUUUCGAGUCCAUCGAUGAACUGUGGCAGACAACGGCUCAUCAGUAUCUCACGCAAAGCAAUAAGUAA